AAAUCUUAAACUAAUGACAAACAAUUCUAAUAUUAUUAGUAGUGUUUUUCCAAUGAGAAUAUUUAAAAUAAUGUGGACAUAAAAAAUUUAUAUUGCAAUAAUGUAUGAAAAUUUUAAUGACAAUAUAAAUAUGAAUUUAAUUAGAAUGUUGUUAAUUACAUAAUUGAUUUAUUUAAUUGAUUAUGAAUUCACCAAAAUUAAUUAGUGAUAAUAAUAAUUCAUCAAUAAAUAGAAUGCAGGUACAAGGAAAACAACGACAAAAACAACAGACAACAUCUCAAGGAUCUCAAACAACACAAACAACAGCUCAAAAUCAACAAAAUCAGUCUCAACAACAGUCUCAGCAGCAGCAGCAGCAACAACAACAACAACAACAACAAGAUAGACAACAGCAACAUAGGCAAUCACAACAGAUUGAUCAGAGUGAUGAAGAGAUUGAGUCAUCACCAUCACAAAUUUUGGAACGUGUUAAAUCGGAUCGUGUAACAGUCACCAAACCUGAAGAGGAUCGCCGGCGACGUACAAUUAUUGUGGAAAAGAAGAAUGGAUCAUUUGGUUUUACAUUACAAAGUUAUGGUAUACAUUAUAAGAAAGAACAAGAAAUUGAAAUGAUAACUUACGUAGAUUACGUGGAUUAUGAUGGACCAGCUUAUCGUGCUGGUAUGCGUGAAGGUGAUGUUAUCCUCUCAAUUAAUGGUAAUGAUAUGGAAAAAGCAGAUCAUAAAACUCUAGUCAAUUUUAUCAAGAACUGUGAUUCACGUAUGAGAAUGGUUGUACUCUUUGAAGAUUGUGUUCGUAAGGUGGAGUUACACAUACGAUAUAUCCAGCUUCAACGAGUGCUUCAAAAUAAAAUGGAAGAAUUGGACAAAUUAUGUUUCCGUGAACGACAAAUACUUGAAGGUAAAUGGAAAACACAUAGUCUUCCAGCGCGUAAAAAAGCAUCCGCCGUAAAUACAGACGACAAUGGUCGACAUCCUACACAACAAACAAACUAUUCCUACUGUCGUUCCACCUUAUCCACCGAAGACAUUGUAAAUAAGGUACCUCAGGCUGAACCACAACCCACCUUAAUGCUAUCGUAUCAAUACUUAGAUCCACGUUAUCGUACUUACGUCAUACCUCAAAUUGAUAAUGGUGCUGGUGAAUACUUAUUAAAUUUAUGUCCGCAACGAUCAUGUCGUCUUCAAGAUCAACAUCAUUUCAUUGUAAAAACACCCUGUGAUAAUAACACCCGGUCAAAUAAAACAUACCACCAAAGUAAUGGGUUAAUAUCCAGCAAUUCCAAUUCCAUGAAAAAUGAAAACAAAAAAUCCGAGGGGCAUUCUUCACGACACCACUUAUGUAACCCUUGUAUGAAAGCAAGUAACAACCAGGAUAGCACCAGUUUGGAAGCCUACGACUUAGCAAGUCCUUGUUGUGACCCCCAUUGUGUUCCAUCAACUCGGCGACGAUCACGUAAUCAUAAAGGACAACAUAGUAAGCGAGAUUGUCAAGGUUCGGCAGACCAGCCUGGAGAUGAUUGUGAAGAAAAGAAGAAUCAUUAUGGACAACAACGAAAUAGCAAACAGAGCAUGCAAAAUCAACAGCAGCAACAUGUUUCGUCACAUCCGACACCAAAACAUCGAUACUUAAAUUUUGGCGCCGGUUUAGUUAGCCAAUGCAGUUUACAUUCGUGUACUUCUAGUGAAUUUAGUAACACCCAAGUGGCGGGAAUGGCUGAAAGUUCUGCUGCAUCGUAUACAACUUCUUUAAGCACAGAUACUUUGUACUGGGAUGCACCAGCUGGGGAGUUUAAUCGACAACAACAACAUUCGAAUAAAAAUUUACCCAAACAACAUACUUAUCAUCAUCCGCAGCGAACGCACUAUUAUCAAACCAGCGUCGAAGGAGGGAGUAUUGAUAAUGACCAAGGACAGCAGUAUACACAAUAUAACCCUGUUAAACCAAAAUCUUGGGAUAAUUUAACAACUAAAUCUUUUGGAGGUUACGGUUUUGGUUAUGGAUACUUGGACACCUCGGCUAAACAUCAUAAGAGUCGACCACAAACCUCAAAAUCUAAUCAACAAAUGGGACAAAAUCCAAAUGGAGGACAAUAUUCGAAACACAACGAACGACAUUCAGCUGACCAACAGCAACAAGGUAGUUAUGGACGUAGACCUAGUCGACAAUAUGUGCAACCAACCAAAUCCACAGAAAGUUUACUGGCAUUACCAAAAUAUGAGACGGAUCCAACAUUAUCUGAUUCUAGUCUAUCGUGUGAAUGUUUAGAUGCGACUACCCCAGAUGCGUCUGCUCAUUCAUCGCAUUUUUUUAUUGGAAAGUUACAAAGUCCUGUAGAUUCUCGUGGAGGUUAUUAUUCCCGUAGAAGUUCUACACGUGUGGAUGGAACAGAUAUUAAUAUUGUUUCCACUAGUUCGGAAAUUACAAGACUUUAAAAUAAAAAAUGUCGCUAAUAUAGUCUUAGUUUAAUUAUUAUUUCGCAUAGUUUAAUUAUAAGCAUAUACGGCCUUAUCCUUGUUUUCGUUUUAAUCCCAUUAUUUUUAA